AUGCACAUCCUCCUCAUCGGCGCAACAGGCCGCAACGGCACCCUCGUCCUAUCCGAAGCCCUCUCCCGAAACCACACAAUCACAGCCCUCGUCCGCGAUCCCACCACAACCUCCCUCCCCUCUCACAAAAACCUCACCCUCACAAAAGGCUCCCCCCUCUCCCUCCAAAACCUCCUAUCCGCAAUGCAAACCCCAACACCACCAGACGCAAUAAUAAUCACCCUCAACCCCCGCCGCCUAACAGACUCCCCCUUCUCAGCCCUCGACCCAAACACGCCCCCCGCCCUCCUCCACGACUCCGUCUCCAACACCCUACAAGCCAUCAAGACCCUGAACCUGCCUCGCAACCCCAAACUCGUCAUGAACAGCAUGCAAGGCGCCGGCGCGAGCUCCAAGAGCCUCAUCUUCCCGCUCCGCGCCCUGUUCAACCACACCAACAUGAAGCACACCCUCGACGACCACAACGCCGUGGACGCGCUGUUCAGGGGCAACGACGACGCGGCGGCCAAAGACGUGGAUUGGGUCUUGGUCAGACCGCCCAUGCUGACCGAGGGCGAGAGCCUUCCCGUCAAGGUGUACGAUGACGAGGGUAGCGGGGUGUGCUGGAUGCCCAAGAUCACGAGACGGAGCGUGGCCGGGUUCAUGGUGGACGCGGUCGAAAAGGAUGAUUGGAAUCGCAGUGCUCCUGUAGUCACAAACUAA